AUGGUGAAACCAAGAUACAUGACAAGGAAGCUUGAGGAUGGUCGUAGUUUGGCAUACUAUAACAUUCAUAAGGAGUCCACACUCCACUUGGUGUUGAGGCUUGGUCAUGGCAGGCAGAUUUUUGUCAAAACCCUUACUGGGAAGACAAUAACCCGUGAAGGUGACAGCUCCGACACCAUUGAUAACGUUAAAGCUACAAUUCAGGACAAGGAGGGAAUCCUACCAGACCAAGAGAGGCUGAUCUUCACUGGCAAACAGCUUGAGGACAACCGAACAUUGGCAAACUAUAACACUCAGACGGAGUCAACUCUGCACUUGGUGCUGAGGUUAAGAGGAGGCAUGCAGAUUUUUGUGAAGACUCUGAUAGGAAAACUCGUCAGUUCGUCUUGA